AUUCUCACAGGAUGUGAUGGCUGGAGAGCAGCCGAAGACGAGCAAUGUGGAGAGGAGAGUCAGCUGAGAGGAGUGUUUGGCUUUGCUGUGUUCUCUACGGCUACUAUCGAUCUGUGUGUGGGUGGGUGUGAGCGCUGAGGAUGUGAAAUCAACGAGGUCAGAAGGCUCUGUGAAGAUCAGUCGUCAACUGAAAGUGAGGUACAUGUUUGACUCUGGCUCUUGGUGCUACAUGUGGUUGUGUUUUAGUUUGGACUGGACUGUGGGACUGUUUGUUAAACCGCGUGUGUGCGUGCGUGCAUGUGUCCACACUGCAGAGGUGGAAGAAGGACUAAGAUCCUCUAUUUGAGUGAAAGUAGCAAUUCAAAAAUGGAAAAAAAAAACACUUCCUCUGAAAAGUAAGAGUCUUGCUUCAGAGGAAAAGAAACAAAACAUAGGGGAGAUGUUUUAAUUUAGAGGCUAAAAGAGUAAAAUCCUCCUUUUUCUGCCCAUGUAUCCAAGAUUUUUGACAUCAAUGAUGCUGUGAUUUCUUCAAUUUAAAGUGAGAAACAAAAACCUUUCAAUGGGGAAUAUGAUUGUGAAAAGUUUCUGAAUACGACUUAAUUUUUUUUUUCAAGUAAAGGAGUUGAAAAUACUGAAAUUAGGUGGUAUGAUGAAUUGUGAUGCCUUAUAAAGUGAAGUUUCACAUGUAAACAAUCCUACUGUCAUUUUUAAAUGAUUACCUUUAAAGCUCCUGUAAGGAACUUUCAGUCUGUGUCAAAUUUGGCGCCCAUGUAUCUUGUCGCUUGUAGUCUUAUUUGCUUCUGUAUGUCAUAAAAAGGCAUAAGUGUGAAUUUCAGUUAAUUCUGUAAACCACUAACUUUGUUCACAGGGGGGCGCCAAAAUCAGCAGAAACCUAAAUAUCCUCAUAGGAGCUUUAAUUGAGAUUAGUUCGCAUAAAGUAUUGGAGUAAGUGCAGAAGCUCCAUACGGGAAAAAAUGGAACCACAGUUACAAGAAAUGAAAGUGUAAGUGGCUUUACUUUAUAUGGCACACAUAAACAAGGCUUUAAGUAACUUUAGCAAACCCUGGGGCAAAAUACCUCAUUUAAAAAUCAGUCUUAAGAUUGUUAAAGUGUCAAGCAUCUCAAGUGAGUUUCCCCUGAACUUCACAUAAAAGUACAACAGUCUUCACAUUAUCAUUAUAUUACGACAAACUGAGUAUUUCAGGAGAAUACUGGUUAACGUUUGUGAAAACAUCAGCUGUAGGGAAAAGACUGAUUGAUUCACUUGUUGACGUGACAUGGCACAUGUGUACAGAUUUUUGAUAUCAUGUUGAUAUCAUUUAUCAUGUAAAUGCCAAGAUGAAAGUUUUUAUCCUCCCCAAAUAUUUGUUCAAGGUGUUUCUGUCUCUUAAAAUCGAAAACGGAAAGCAAGGUUGGACUUUCCCCACAUUCAAAGUAGUAGAACAAUAGCCUUUACAUGGACCAGUUUGCUGUUAAUAUUUUACUUUAAAACAAACUAUGUAACUUAAACAACUAUGUAACUAAACUUAUAUGAUGAAAGAAACAGCGACAUGGAAAAACCUGCGAUGUAAUUUCUUGAAAAAUGUGAAAUGACACACAUAAACACAAUUUUUUCCAUCACUUUAAAUAUUUUUUUGCAAUUAACACAUUUAAAAAACAUUUUUAGACCGUUAACAUAAAAUGUUUAUUUGUUUUGCUCCCCUAAAUUAUUAUUUCUAUCCAAUUUACUUAAAGCAAAUUGCAUAAAACAAGUUGUAUGGGCAGUAAAAACUGCAACUACAUGAUGUAUCAAACAUAAUUAUAUACAGCCCAAUAAAAGCACAAAAUUCCAAAGCUAAUCUUUGUUUAAAAACAAGCAGAUCAUUGACCAGAUCCCAUCAUUCGUAGCUCAGGUGCUUAACUGAUAAUACCUAAAGAGUUCAGUUGGACAAUACAUCAAAAUAAAAAGUAAAAUGACUUUUCACGCAGCAGAAAUGUCCCCUUUUAGUAAUAAAAGUUCAAUAAUGAUGUUAAUCUAAUGCAGCUUUAUGCAAGCACCAUUAUAUGGAUGUAACAAAGAGACUUGAAGCCUGUUUAUCCUUUUUAUAUGAGUCAAGUCCAGUGGUUUAGAGUCAAUCCUCUCUGGAGUAACCCAGGAAAAGCCUGAAAGCUUCAUGGAAAGACAAAGUAAUAACCCAACUGAGCUGAAAGUAUUUGCUGUCAUAGUUGGAUUUUUUCAUGAAGUCGAAUCAUCUGACGGCCUUGGGCCUCACUGAGAUAUUUCAAUAAAAACCAUGUGAGAAAACAGAGGGAAAACAUCAACUGAGAAAGAAAGGUGGAAAGGCAGAAGUUUAAAUCAGUAUUAAUUUCACAUUGUUUGAUCAGAUAAAUGAAUAAAUUAAAUAAACGAGUGUUUGUGAAACUGAAACACUCGAGGAAAGUACCUCAAAACUUCUCCUGGAGAUCAAUUUCUUGUUUCACAUACAACAACAAUAGAGUCUUGAUCUGUUUUCAUCUAUUUAUUGUCAAAGUGUAACAAAAGUUUUUCUCAGGACUCUUUACAGAAAGAGCAGGUCUGGACUAGAGAUGUUGCGAAGUGACAAAUUUCCCCGAAAUCGACCGGGAAAUAAAAUUAUGAGUGACUGACUGGACUGAAACACUCAGAAAACACUUCAGGUUGAGCAACGUACAAGAUCAAACAAGAAAUCAGAGAGUCUGCAGAUAAACAAUAUUAAAAUGGAUUGUGAGUUUUAAGUGUUUUAAAGCUCCUAUUUUAAAUUCUGUCGAUUUUGGCGCCCCCUGUGGUCAAAACAGUCGGCCUACAUCUCACCUACUUGCUGAUUUUGACAUUGCAUGAGGAAAAAGUGUUUUCUAACAUAAAAAGUUCCUAUGAAAACUUUUAACUGUCUUUAAACUCAUUGCUCACUAUGUAUUCUGGCAGUGUAGGAUGUACCGUAUUUUUCGCACUAUAAGGCGCACUUAAAGAUCCUUUUGGCUUGUCGGAGCACUGCAGCUACCGUAGCCUCGCGGAGUUAUAUAAAGUUUGACUUAUCUGACUGUUUUGUUUGGCUUAAUGCGCUUUAUAGUCCGGUGCGCUUUAUGUAUGAAAAUAGACGUGUUCAUUGAUACUGCGCCUUACAAUCAGGUGCGCCUUAUAGUGCGAAAAAUACAGUAUUUGACAUCUAGCCACCCAUGUCAGAAUUUACUAGCAUUAAAAAUAGUUAAAUAGCAAUAAAAAAAAAUGUUUCACUGGUGAUCUUUUCUUGCUUUUAUAGCCUGUGUAGAAGCAUCAGUCUCAAUUUGAGUCUGUUACAUGACUGGCAAAAAUUGCCUACGGGAGCUUUAAAGGGCUCUUCCACUAAAUCCACAUCAUGAGAAAAAGCUCUGUGAUUUUACUCUAAAUUUGCUGAUUUUCUUGCUUGCUGGAUAGAAAUUUGCUUCUCAUUCGAAUUUGAGAAACCCAGAUGUUGGUCUAUUAAACUGAAUGAAAGAUGUGUCUGUAUCUAAAGCAGCUUCACAUGCUCCUCAUCCUCCCAAACUCUGCAUUACUCACAAGUAUCACAUGAUGGCAUCGUGAUGAGUUUAAUUUGCGUGUUUCGGUCUUAAAUAAAAGCUUACGGAGAAGCGUCUCGUAAACUAAGUGUGACAUUUUCCAUUAUUAACUCUGUUAGAUCAUUUAUACUCUAAAAACCUCUAAAUUACCCCCAUGUUUUCGCCUAAAUUCCCCCGUGAAACCUCUUCUUGGGUACUUACCAAUACUGCAAUGAUAAUUACUCCCACAUUGUCUGCCCUGAAUGGUUAUAUAUUGUUUUGUUUUGCUUAUGGGAACCAAUCAGGAAACAUUUCUGCUAGUUUCUGCAAAAUAAUGAGUUGUAAAACUUGUAAAAAAGUGACUCACUUAAGGCCCAACAAUCACUCUUUCUUUCUGAUCGAAACAAUAACCUACAGUAUAAACCUGAAUAGAUUUCCUCAGAACUCAAGUGAACUAUCUCUGCCUUGUCAUUCUUCCUCGGUAUAGGACCAGUUCUGCAGCUGUUGUUAUAGAAAUGUCAGAACAUGCAGCGUGCAAAAAGCCCCUUUCUGUAUCUGGUGCAUAAAUAGCUCUGUCAUAGGUCAGCGUGUCUCUCAGUAGGUAGGGCUGCUUCCCUCUUCCUUCCCUUUUCACGUCAUAUCACCUACAGCACGCUUCCUGCACUCAUGGCUCUCUAACUUGUGUUAUCUGGAUCUGUUGCCCCUCUCUGCUGCAGCACCAUGGCCGCCUUCCAGCUGCUCUUCCCGCUGUUGGUCAGCUGUGUGGCAGCAAACGCACGCCCUCCUCGACAGCUCCCAGCAUGCCAAGUGGUAAGUAGAGGCUGAUAUAGAGACAUCUCUGAGAGUUUCAGUUACAUUACAUAUAAAUCUUUCCUAUCUUCUGAGCACAGUCUCCACAUUUCUUGUUUCAAACAUACCUGAUUGUGUGUUUUUUCAUCUGCUUUGGGUUUAUUUUUCAUUGGUUGCCCGUGGCCUUCAGGUGCUUAAGGUAUUUUCAGAUUUUCUUCUUCAGGCCGAUGGUUUAUUUUAAGGCUUUUGACCUGAGCUGAUCUGGUUUAUUAUCUUAAGCUCUUAGUCUGUGCUGCAGUCAGACCCUUGAGCUCUUAAUAUCUAAACAAUGAAAACAUUAUUGGGCUUCUCUUGAAGAAAAAACUGGAAGUAUCAGUGUCCACAAUGGUCUGUGAUAUCUUCUCCUUUGAGUUUCUGGUGAAUUCUGUUUGAGUUUAGUUCAGGUUCUCAUGCAAUGAGAUGAGUCUGCACAUUCUGUCUUUUACUCAUGUUACAAACAGGAAAAUAUACUUUUUAUUUCUCAGGAAAGAGAACAGAUAAACAAAAGAGCCUUGAUAAAGUUGCCACAGAUUGAAUCACAACAGUGAGUAGUGGUUAGUGUGACUCAAACGGAACACAGACCUGCCGUUGUGUAUGUGUGGGGAGUUUUUCAUGUGUUUCCUUCGACGUGUAUGUGCUGUAUCACAAACAUGAGAUGGCAAAAUUAUAUCAGAAAUGAUCAACUCUGAUGCUGAAACACACAGCUUAUAUAGAGGUGCAAACAACGACAAUUCCCUGAGUGUUUAAGCUGAUUUGACUCCCAACGUUUGAGGCCAGAAUACAAUGUCAAAUUUUAAAGCAUGAUUAAUAAUUGUUCAAAACUAAAUUAGGUCUCUGGACUCAAUUUUUUAACCCUCAAUCAUCUGGUUUAUGGGUGCAGAUUUAUUUGCUGGCCUUCUGCCUUUAGUUAGAGAGUCAGAAAAGCAGGACACGAGGAGAUGACAUGCAGGAAAGAGGCCUCAUGGUCCACCUCAUGAAAAGUUGCCCAUUUUUAUUGUGUAUGUCCAAUAGACAAAGCAUGGGCAGAGCAUUCUGGAGCUCCCAACAUCCCUGAUAUGACAUACGAUAAAGUAAUUACACACAGUUGGUGUGUUGGGUUUGUCAAAAAGACUUAGAUUAGCUCACCAGCCUGGGGCAUCACUUUUGUAAAUACAGCCGUCUUACUAGGGCUGGGACGACAUGCUUUUCUCCCGAUUCGAUUCUUCUACGAUUUUUUAGAUGCCAAUUCGAUUUAAAUUGCGAUUCUAGGAUAUUCUCUAUUUUCUUGAUUUUCAGUCUGUAUUUUUAACACCAGUGAAACAGUUGAAUUAUUAUGAUUGUCUAUUGACUAUUUGAAAAAACAACAAAAAAGAGAAAAAAAAAAUGAUUUUUGAACAUAAAAAUCGAUUUUAAAAUUGUAAAACAAAAAAUCGCAAAACUUAUGUGAACCGAUUUUUUCUCCCACCACUACUUCUUACUUGGGACCACUAGGCUGGAGGAGCACCCAUCUUUUGGCUUCAGAAACCAAAGGGUGACAUCUCUGAGACAAAGUCCACGUUUUAGACACUUUAUUUGGAUGACCUCGUAUGACAUAAACCAUCACACACACACGUAUCAGAUGCAGUAAACAAAAGUUUAAGCUCAGACUUUUUAGGAAUGUAAGCAGUUAACCUCCGAACAGGCCGUGUUUAUACCCCUGAUAACACCUCAGCUGUGUGCUCAUCUCACAGGGAAAAAGGUUUUAUCCUCUUUUUAUGAGGAUACUUUAUGAAAAAAAGUGCCCGAUUUGUUCCUCUGUGUGUCAUAAGAGACACAAGAUGUUUGCCCUCCAGUAGUUCUUGAAUAAAUCAAUGUGUUUGUUUACUUCUGUGAAAACAAGGAAUGCUGCUUUCAAGGCCACCGCAAAUAUGCCAAGAGCCCCGAUGUACUGAGAGAGAAAACAGAGGAGGAGACAGUUUUAUGAGUUGCUUUUGGACAAGGUGGUCUCUGGGCAUAUGGUUUCGAUUAUAAACUUCACUUAAUAACUUAAACUAUUGAGUCUAUUGAGGGAAAAAGAGAGCGAGAGAGGAUGACGAAAACUCUGGGUUGGGUGGUAAAUUUGUGAGGUGUGUUGUCUUUAAACUGAAAAAUCUCCCCUUAAAAGCUGUUUUUGUGCAGUUAGAGCUUCAGUAAUGGAGCUUUAUCAUCAGUCUCUCAAUGACCGUUGACGUUUGGAAUAAAUUCAAAGAGAAAUAUCCAUGAUAAAGAGGUUUUUCUCGUUAGAAAAGCUCACCGUCAUUAACCCCAGAGGACUGUUCGCUGCCAAGAACAUGCUGUAGAUACACUGACUCAUAAAACGACCUUCCACGUACGCUCUAAACAUUUGCUCUGUAUUGUGUCAUGGUCAGGAAAUCUGGCAGUACGCCGACAUAAUCAGACUUGUGUGUUUGUCUUUGUUCGUAGGUCCAGAUGGAUGUGUUUUGCAGCAAUCUAAGCCUCAGAAGUGCCCCAGUCAACCUUCCCCGUGGCGUCCAAAUGCUGGAUCUUUCCCGUAACCAGGUGCAAAAUCUCACCCAGGAAACUCUCGCAUUCCACACCGACUUCCAUCACCUGAAUCUGCACUCCAACAAGAUCCACUACAUCCAGCCGGGGCUCUUCAAAGACAUGACAGAUCUCAAGGUCUUAGAUCUGUCCAGGAAUCAUCUGAAUGUUUUCGCUCACUCCAAAAUCAACAUCGGGCCUCUUACAGCUGUUGAGUCACUUGAUCUUUCAGGCAACGGGCUGUACACAGGAAUGUCCGACUAUUUCCUGGCUGAUUCCCCAUCGCUUGCCAACCUUUCUCUGAGGAGCAACAGCAUCACCAAAAUAGCACAAAACACUUUCAGUGGGUCCAUGUUCCUUAAAAAAAUCAGCCUCCACAAUAAUGUCAUCCUGGAGAUUGAAGACGGAGCUUUUGAUUCUUUGAAUCAUCUGACUGAACUCGACUUGUCCAAGAACUCGAUCACAUGCAUCACAGACUUUAAUUUGUGCAAUUUGAAAGUGCUCAAUCUCAGCAAGAACAGCCUGGAGUUUUUCCAAAGCACGGGAUCGACAGAUUUAUACGGACUCCAAUUUCUCGAUCUGAGUGAGAACAAAAUGCAUUACUUUCCUCUUCUGCCGAAAAACAAUGUGCUGAGACACCUGGACGUGUCACGAAACCAACUCCAAAGUCUCAAUGUCACAGGUAGUCUUGACAGAAGGACAACAAUGAUUUUGUAUUACCUGAGAUACUUGGACAUGAGUUAUAACCAACUUCAAACGAUACCUGAGUCCUUCUUUAACUGCAUGGGCUCACUGGAGGUUCUGAAUGUGAGCAACAAUUGUAUAAACUCAUUUUCUAUCACCAAUCCUGAGCUCCUGAAGACAGUGAAGACCAUCAAUCUAAGCUAUAACUCACUGCAGAGUCUAACAUUUGGCAAAAACACUCUGCCGUCACUGGAGGAGCUCUUUUUGCAAGGAAACGACCUCACCAUCUUAGACCACCAAAUAUUCCAAAGACUCCCAAGUAUCAAACACUUACACCUCCAGGAGAAUGAUCUAGAAAUCUGUGACGCAAGCCAAAACCACAAGAAUCCGCCAGAGUGCGUCUCCUUUUCCUCCAUACCAAAUCUGCAGUUCCUGUACCUUUCUGAAAACAGUCUUCAGACUCUUCCUUCGAAUGCUUUUGUAAACACUCCUCUAAAAUUACUGGACCUGUCCCUGAACCCAGGUUUAGACAUGCACAAAGACUCGCUCUCUGGUUUGGAGAGCUCGCUGGCUCAUCUGAUCCUGAGGGAAAACAACAUUUCCAGUCUUAACAUCGAUCUGUCAUCUCUACGGAGUCUCAAACACAUCGAUCUGUCCACCAACCAGCUGACCACUCUACCAAUGUGGAACCAAGAGUCCUCUAUUGAGUCACUGAACUUGCAAAACAACAACCUGGUCACCUUGGAGCCCAGCACCAUGCUAGCUCUGGAGCACUCACUCAAAACACUCUAUAUGGGUUCCAACCCUCUUAGCUGCUGCAGCAACCUUGGCUUCCUGCACAUGAUCCAGAACUCGGCUUUGGUUAUUCCAGAUAUCGAGACCGUCACCUGCAUCCUGGAAGAUUAUUCAGAGCCAGUCAACAUCGAGAAGGUGACGGAGGAAAUGUGCCAGAGACCAAGCAUACAGAACUAUGUCAUUCCUGUUGUAUUGAUAGUGUUACUUGUGCUGAUCGUGCUUGGACUGCUCAUUAAGUGUUGCCAGUCGAGGAAACGAAAACCCAGUCGAAGCUUCAGUGCCUAAUGCUGGACCAUGAAGGAUCUCUGUUCAGGACUUUUUCCAGUUUCUGUAUAAAUGAAGGUUUUGAGGUUUAAAAAAGACCCAGUUGUCUUGUUGUCUAUUUAAUGGACAGCGCAAAGCUUUGACCAAACCAACAGCUCAAAGAGGGUCUGGUGGACUGGUGUUGGGGCCUAGAUGGGCAACCCAGAUGAAUGUACAGAGGCCUGAAGUGGGUAUAGCUCUACUGUCUGUUCAUAAAAUAUGUGUGGUGUAUGAAGUCAAUGAAAAACCUCAUCAAUGAUCCAUUUGGGCCAACCAAUGUCAGACAUUAAUGGAAACCGAGGACAACAUUGGUCCAACAUUUCAGUCCUGGUGUCCUCCUUUCAGGUCUCAGAUGGGUGGGGAAAUGGGUUUACCAUUGUUACCUCAUUACUGAGUGGAUAAUCCAAGCUGACUACAUGUGUAGCAAACUGAAUGACUAAGACACCAUCAAUUAUGAAAACAUGUUGCCAUAACAACCCAAGAAACAAAGACAAUACUUUUAAAGAAGAAGGAAAGUUUUGCGCUUGUAUUUCCGAACAGGAACUUUGGACUUUUGGGAGGACUUACAUCUUACUCCUGAGCAUCUUGUGGCAACCGAAGGACCUGCAACUCAAAGAAAGGGAAUUACCAGUUUAACUUAAGCCACAUACUUGCCUCCUGUAUAGUGAAUGCAAGAGGAGGAUAAACACUAAAACACUUUAAAAUGGGAAUGAUGUAAAAUAAUAUUAAAAAAAAGUUUAACCUGCUGGGAAAUGUGCUGAUUUGGACUUAAGAUGAAAGACUAUUGAGGGAAAAUUAAAAGAAACUAAAUGUUUACACCUCAGAGUUUAAGAGGUGAAAUUUAGUAAGAAAAAUAAGAAGCAGGUCUUCUCUCAGUGACCAUUAGUGAAAGAGUUUUUGAAAAGGAAAGUUUAUUUAAAGCUAAAAAAUAAAGAGCAGACACUACAGAAGGUCAUCAAACAAAAUGAUCUAAUUAAUCAAUGAAGUAUAUGUAAGUGACAGUUUUCAUAAAGAAACCCAAGCCGCCCCUCUUCCACUUUUGCACUUUAAAUUUAUUGUCUGUGUGAAUGUAUCUGUGACUGUCAACACUAAUAAAUCACAAGUUCUGUGCUUAAGAAAGCUAAAAUUUGGACACAGUAUGUUUUCUGUACUGAUCCCAGCCCUGUGGUGCUCCCUUUAUGGACAGAUAUCUGCUAAAAUGUUCAGUUUAGUGCUGAAGCUGAGAGCUGAGGCCGUGACUAAAAUAACUGUGAUUCUCUGGUGUAGAAGUGCAGCGCACAGAAGAGUGCACUGUUCUUCUUCUCAUGAAUGAAUAUGAAAUCCAGCGCUGUAUUGACGUGGGCAACACUGGGAUACACAAUUCCUCACAAUGAAGUCAAUGAAGUUUUUUUCCUAAAGUUGUUAUUAUUAUUAUUAUUAUUGAUAUUAUUGUAAUUACCUACAAGUCAAGCUGAUUUUCAUAUUUGUCAUUUUGUGAUGUUUUGUUACAUAAUGUGUACAAAUGAAUUUUCUACACUGAAACUCUGUGUGGGACGUUUUUUUCGACUCAAACAUGAAAGCCUGUUUAAAGUUUGCAUGUAAUCAACUUGAGUCCUUAAAGGAGGUUGAAGCAG